AUGUUAGCUUAUGCUCUUUACUCAAUGUUUUAUUCUUUUGUUGAAAUUUUAACACAGCCGGUGAGUAUUUAUAAAUUUCCGAAUUUCAUUUUUUUGUUCUGAAGAUAACUCAUACAAAAGGCUCCGGAUUCAUUUUAUAUGUUGACAGUUUUCUGAAGUAUGAAUUUGAAAUCGGUGUAAUUCUGGCUGGUGAGUGUUUCUUGAAUAAUAUUUUCGAAUAAAAUGUUUCAGUUUUGUUUUGUGGAUCAUUUGCGUUUUGUAUUUCUCUGCUGGCUGUUCAUUUUCUAUAUCGAUACAUUGUUAUUUGUAAACCCAACAAUGCGCAAGACCUAGAAGGAAAUAAAAUCUUCAAACUAUUCAUUCCCCCAGUUGUUCUAUCAACUAUUUGGUUUCUGGCCUCUUUCAUUUGUCUGACGCCAUCGGAAUAUAAAACUGAAUAUAUGAGGUGAGGUUCACCAAAUUUUUCAUAAUCAAAUUAUUUUGUUUUCCAGAGAUCAAGUUAUGCAACUUUACAAUGAUGAUACUCGUUUGCUUGCUUAUAUUGAAGUUUUGUACUUUUUUGAAGAUGAAAAUGGCAAGAAAACUAUAAACAUUGGUGAUUGGAUAGCUGGACUUGGAAUUUGUGUUCAGAUCAUGAGUCUAUGCCUUUUCACAAUAAUUUAUUGCGGUUUCAAGACAUAUCAAAAAAUGAAUAAUUCGGAGUUAACUUCAUCAAUGAGCAAAAACACAAGAAAUCUAAACAGACAAUUAUUCCGAACACUCAUAAUCCAAACAUUAUUCCCAGUUUGUACAAUGUUCAUACCAGUUGGAUUACUCAUUGUUUUACCAGUGUUUUCAAUUGAACUCGGAUCAUUUUCAAAUGCUCCAAGUAUGUAUGCUGGAAUGUAUCCCGCAAUCGACGCUAUUAUUGUUAUUCUAAUGAUCAAUGAUUUUCGAAAUGUCUUAUUUUGUCGGAAAAGGAAAGUAGUGCGUGGCCAACUAUCAACAAUUGGAUCAAAUAAUGAUUCGUAA